AGCGGGUAAAGAUGCAGGAUGUCCUCUUUCAAUAGUCAACACUCCGGAAGUGAUCGUGUCGGAGGGGUAAAGAGAGCCGUUACCCUGAAUAACGAUUAGAUAUACCCCGAAUCCUCGAUUUAAAGUUCUAGAACGGGGUCGUUGUAGGGGGCAGCGAUAUUCAGGUAUUGCAACGAAAACAAUUGACGCAGACGUAAGUCAUAUUCGUCAGAAUGAAUACAUUCUGUCGUAAAACCCGUCCCUAGUGUUUACAGUCUUUCUUUAUGGAACUAAUCGUUGUUGUGAUUUCAAAUCAGUGCAACUAUUUCUAAAACUUCGAUAGUGAUUGUUUGAUUCUUCAAUCGAUUCACUCAAGUUCGACUGGAACGUAUAAUAAAAAUCUAGUUCACGUAAAGAUACUUCAUUGUAUUCCUGAGUGGGUUACUUCAAACUAUAAUCUCUUGUUACGAAAAUGGCGAAUUGUCCGAAUCGCCGAUAUUCGUACGAAAAUUCAUUACAUUUUUACAUGGAUUACACGAAGUGAACUUCUCUCCAACUCUGAUGCGGAAGAACUUUAUUGGGGCCAAGUAAGACGAAUAAAUUUCGAAUAGUCAGAAAGAUGGAUGCAACAAUUGAAAGGGAGUGCAGUGCUUUGGGUGGCCUUUUUCAACAGAUUAUAACUGACAUGAAGAAUGGGGCUCCAUUAUGGGAGGAUUUAAUUUCAAAAGCAACAAAACUACAUUCAUGCUUAAGGGCUGCUAUUUUGGCUGUGUCUGCAUAUCUUGAAACAUUUCAAAAAAUUGCUGAUGCUGCAACUAAUGCAAGAGGUGCCACAAAAGAAAUUGGUACUGCUUUGACACGGAUAUGCCUUAGGCAUAAAGCAGUAGAAACACGUAUGAAAUCAUUUACCAGUGCUAUAAUGGAUUGCUUGGUAUUACCUCUUCAAGAGAAAUUAGAAGAUUGGAAAAAAUCUUUAAUAAACUUAGAUAAGGAACAUGCCAAAGAAUACAAAAAAGCGAAAGCAGAGUUAAGAAAACGAUCUACUGAUACGUUACGUUUGCAAAAGAAAAAAGCGCGUAAAAGUCAACAUUUACAAGGACAGACUCAGUGUCAUGGUCCAUUAUCAGGGGACAUUGAAUUAAAUCGAAUGUUGGAAUCUUCCGCUGCUGUGGUUCAAGAAAAACGUUUAAGCUUAGAAGAAACUGAAAGAAGAGCUGUUCGAGCAGCUCUACUCGAAGAAAGAGGCCGAUAUUGUCUUCUUGCUAGAUUUUUAAAACCUGUACUUGAUGAAGAAAUUGCAAUGUUAAUGGAACUCACACAUCUUCAAGAAGUUUCUGAUCAAUUACAACGACACGCAGCUUCUCCGCAUCAUUUGCCACCCGCAUCAGAGCAAGUGAUAACAGAUAUAAAAGGUUGCGAUGUUACACAAUGGUCGCUUGCUACUCCUCCUUCAAGUCCUUCUCUAUCUCUUGGAUCACGGAAAAGUUCAAUGUGUUCAAUCAGUUCUUUAACAAGUAGCAGCAGUGGGUCUUGCAAAAGUCAUCCAAGCCCAUCUGGACAUCCUUGGCAUAGAUCACUUUCUCAGCCUGCCGGUGUCAGGCCCUCCAGCAUCAGCGGUAUGAUGACGCUCCGCCACUUGGCAAACGGUAGUUCCCGUGACUCUGGCUUCACUUCUCAGGACACACUCUAUACACAGCCAAUUUCUGAACAUCAGGUAUCAAAUGUGUCUUCUCAAACUAAUAAAAAUACUGGUUGUACUACAACAAGACCUGUAACUACUGCUACUUGGCCUGACUUGCAGGAAACGUCAGUUCAAUAUGAUAGGCAGAAUCAGAACACAGUCAACGAACGACCCCAUACUAUUUCUUCUGCUUAUGAAAAAGGCCAUCAAAGACCAGCACUCAGUGUCUAUACAUUCCAAGCUCCGGAUGUUAGUGGCUGUUGUCAUAGUCAACCUGCUUCUCCAGUUUCUUCUUCCUCUUCAUGUUCUUCCUCUAAUCAAGCAUCUAGAGUACAACUGCGUAGGAAUAAUGGUAGUAAUCGUCCUCCUAUACCGAACAGAUGUUCCAGUUUAGAACGACCUACGGUUCCAAUGAAGAAUGAACCUCCCGGAAGUCCUCGAGGCAAACCUAAAUUACCAUUGCCAGCACACUUAGCAAAAGAAUUAGCAACCCAUCAACUUCAACAGCCAAUGUAUGUGAAUAUGCACGAAUUGGCAAAUUUAGCCGCAAGCCGUGCUCAAGAAAUGCAGUUACCGUUACCACCACCUCCUGCAUCGCUAUCAACACCAGGAACUGAGAAGACUGAAGUUACGGAAAAAGAUGGCGGAAGUCAAACAUCAGAAUCCAGCGUUGAAUCUAGUAGUGGGUAUGGAAGUCAAACCACUAUACCCCAUUCACAUUCGCUUCAAAAUCAAAAUGAGAAUAAUUGGAAUGUACCUGGUGCUGCAUCUACUUUGAUGAUUCGAAGAGGAUCGAUGCAGCAAGCGAUCAAACCUCCUCCGCCAACAAGACGUACAUCUACUAUUAUAACUGCCACAUUUAAUAAUCCUUCAUCAACUUCUAAUGAUGAACGUACUGAUAAUACUUGCGACGAGGUUGAAAAUCUUCCUCCGCCACCAGCAUUUUUAUUAGAAGGUUCUUCACCAACGGCCAGCCCUACUCCUCAACGAUCUAUCUCGGUCUCAGAAACAGUAAGGACUCUCACAGAACUGCGUCAUACUCCUGCUAGCCCUUCUCUUUUACGGAAAGCUACAGGACAGACACAGUCGCAUAACAAUACAUCUACUACGUUACAACACAAUGCUGUAUUACAAGUUACUCGAACGAAUGUUGAACGUUCAUGUGCGGCCAUUCGUUCAGCUUCUCAAGAGCGUGGUUCGAAUACCACCACGCAAGUGACUGGAAUCAGCACGAGUGUUAACAUUCAAGGGCAAGGUCCGGGUGGGGUAGGUCAAAGCUUUAUGGCUGUUCUCAGUGCUAAGCUUAUUAAUAGCACGGGUAAUAAUAAUACCACAACUGGUAACAACACGAGUAACAGUCCUAAAUCAGCAAGGAAACACUCUGUCGAACAACAGAUAAGUAAUAAAAAUACCAAAACACCGUCUGGUUUUCUUGAAACUUUAAAUGCUAAAUUAGCGCAACAACAGCAAACUUUACAAGGUAAUAAUACAACAAGUAGAUCAGCGAGCGUGAGACGCAUAAUGGGCAAUCGUGUACCUAUUAUGGAUCCUUUACAAGUAAGGGACUCUCUGAUGGAUCAGAUACGAAAAGGUACCUCUUUAAGAAAAACCAGUGGUCCCAUUAAUGAUCGUUCGGCUCCUAAAAUCUAUUAACCGUUUUAAUACCGGUGUUCACGUAAGUUCCUCUAUGUCUGAUGCAUCUGAAUUACAUUAACGAAUGUUUCGGCAGUCGUAACACGCAUUAUUGGGCAUGAUCAAUAAUGUCUUUACGUCGUCAAAUAGAUUGACGAUUUUUACACGGUGAUCGUAUACAUGUACCUUUAUGAACGUAUAUUCGGUAACUCGAAAUCAGUAUAGACUGACUGACUUCUUUGCAUUACGGUGCAAAGAGGUUAGAUUGAAAGAGUAAAUUGUUUACGUAAAUUCGUUAAUACAAUUAUUAGUUUUAUUAUUGAUUGUGUAGGAAAGACGAGCUCUAUAUUAAAUCCAUCCUUAAUAUACAAUAAUUUAGCUGGUGUUAUGAUGUACACAUAAUAUUAUAUAAGUAAUAUAUACCUAUUAAAUUGGUGCAAGAAAACUUUAUCUUAAUUUUUCAGUUAGAGUCUGGUGGUAUUGUAUGUGUAAUUGAUAAUUAAAAAUAGUAAGAUUUAAAUAAUAUAUUUAUAAAUUAAAAUAAAGUAGUAGAUUAAUAUAAACACAUACACAUCAUUUCAACUUUUAGUUAGUUUAGUUUGAAUUGAUGUUUUGUUAUUAAUGCCCGAUGCUUGCCAGUACUACGGGAAAGCUGACUGAUUUUGAAGUAUCUUAGGAACAAUUUAAUAUUUUAUAUUUUCAUAAAAAAAAAAAAAAAGAAGGAAAGAAGAUAACAAAAUCCGCGCAUAAUUUAAUAUAGAGCUUUUGUCUUAAUAUAUUGUUAUUUUACAUGUAGUUAAUUCAUUUUUCCUGUGUUUUCUGUUUUUCAUUUUUAUGUAUGAAACGCACAAGCACAGAUAUCUUUAUUUUAUUAUUACUUUUGUGUUUUACUUGGCAUAAUGUUCACUGUGAACACACUUUCUGAUAGUAAAAAUCUGUCAACCAGUGAUGCCAGUUGGUAUGACAAAAUUCAACGUAAAUAUUAUAUAAAUAUUACUGCCCAGGUAGAACUUAUUUUAGAAUAAGUUUUUAUAUUGGCUCGAUUAUUCCAUCUGUAUCUUUCACCUAAUAUUGAUAUAAUACUAUAUUGCCUAUACUACAGUAUUACUAUUUUAUUGUCGCUUUUUUCAGGAGUGUUUCACGAGUCAUUUACAUUGUAUUAAACAUUUUGUAUGAGAUUCACAUGGUGUCCCCUAUAUUACACUAAUAAUUUUCUUCCAUAUACAUCGAUCUUUUAUUUUUCAUUCUAGGAAAUAGUAUUUGUAAUUGAUACAAACAUCAUAGAUUUACCUGUUAGAAUGAUUCACAGAUCAACAUCUGAAUUGUAUAUCGAUACGACAUAUCAAAUCUUUUGUAUCGCUAUGAUUUUUUAUAUUAAUAUUAAGCAUUGUAUCAUACUGUUACAGAAUUGUUAAAAUGUGUGCAUUUACUAUUGUUCGAGUAUUUGCUAUGAAGAGUAUUGGGUCAACAUUUCGUCCCAGUAUUUGCGUUCUGCCUGGGCAAUGCUGUUCCAGUAUCGGUAAAUAUUAAAGUAAACGUGUAUGUGUGUCCCAGAGCGGCGAAAAAUGGAUGGUACGAUGGUUUUUCUUUUACAUUGGCAAAUAUUAUACACCUUCAGCGCAUUGAAUAACAAACUUUAGAUAUCAGAUACUGAUAAGUAUCUCACUGUAAAACAAAGUAUUAUUAAUCACAUUCGUCUCGUUUCUUUAAGUUAAACGCUCGCGACUAAGAUUUUAUAAUCUCUAUUGUAUCGCGUUAUUUAUUAGUACAACUUGUGGUAUGCAGUAUCGAGUAUAGUCGGUUUCCCGAGGAAAGCUUAUCAUGCUCGGUAUUGUACUACACUUUUUUCGAAACGAACGUUUCCGUAGGCGAAUACGAGAUACCUGACUUGUAUCGAAUACUUUUAAAACUCUCUAUCGACUGAACUGAAAACGCUACUGCCAAUUUCUCUAAACAUUCUUCUUCGACGUUCCUUUUAUUCCUGAUGGCAAUUAGAUUUUACGUUUCUUUUUUAGCGACCAGCAGGUUUCGUAGCGUACAAUAUAAAUAAUCUUUUAUUUAUUUCGAGGAAACUGCAUCUUACCGUUUACAAAUGAUAAUAGAAAUAAUGCUACACUUCCGCAGUUGAUACUGUUUAGAUAUUUAAUGCUGACAAAACAAUAAACAUGGGUGUUCGUAGUAGAUAGUACGAAUAAUUAAAAAAA